GUAAUCCUAAACCCUACAUACCAUUUUUAUGUACCAGUCAUCUUCCGAAACUUUUUGGGGCAGAUCUGACAAUCAAUCGCACAAUUCAUCAUCGCGAUAAUCUUGCGACCACAAACUCCAGAUUUACUCUAGAGAUCAUCAAGAUGGCGGCUACUAGCCAGAACUUUUACGAGCUGUACCGACGAAGCAGCGUCGGUACCGCUCUCACCGAUACCCUCGAUGAUUUAAUCACCGAUCAUCGAAUAGACCCUCAGCUUGCCAUGAAGAUCCUGGCCAAUUUUGAUCGCGCUAUAACAGAGGUGCUUCAAGAUAAGGUUAAGGCUCGUCUGACGUUCAAGGGGAGUCUUGAUACAUACCGAUUCUGUGAUGAGGUCUGGACCUUCCAGCUUAAGAACGUCACCUUCAAGAUGGAGAACGGCGGACAGGUUGUCUCGGCAGACAAGGUCAAGAUAGUGUCGUGCACUGCGAAGCCUGCGGGAGCUACCGCAUAGUGCGUCCUGUUGCUUUUUCCGGAAUCGCGAAAGUCGGCUGUCUCGUUUUUAACGAGCUACAUGCAUUCGACGAGGCGACAUCGGAGGCGUUGUACUUUUAUAUCACGAUACAUCAUGCGUCUACGAACAUGCGUAGAGAACGGCUAGUUCAUGCGCUUCUCCAUCCUUCCGACUACCUUCUCUUUCCUACGAACCCGUUCAUACGAACCGACGCGAUCUCGAUGAACAAGGUCAACUCCAACGGUUUUCUCGCGAAGUUUCGGGUUUGAUAAUGAGGCAAAGAUUCAGGUCGGAAGGUGGCAUCACUGUGUAAUUAUGGUUCAUUUCCUUCGCAACGGAUAUGAGGAUGCUGGCAUACGGUGACGGAAUACAUCAUGAGUGAUUUUCAGGGCGUUAUACGGAACGGAGCAACCUCAGAUUGUACUGACUUUGCACGCACAAUCGGGAUUAUGCAUUGCAUUUCGCUUAAUAAAAAGAGGUUUGGUAAA